UUAGCCCUAGUUGUCAGUGAGUUGGGUAGCAGCCAAGGUCAGGGCAGGCUCUGUUAAAGUCCCUUGCUCACUGCCGAAGCCGAGUCCCACCAUCACCUGAUUCUUGCAUCCAAUCACACGCCUGGUGGACCUUCUCUGAUUCCGGAUGAACGGCUCGGAUGGCCUCUCACCAGCAAGGAGGCGUGUGCAGACAUGGCAAGGUUCAAAUUUCAGACAAAUCCUCGGACCUCUCUCUCUCUCUCUCUCUCUCUCUCUCUCUCGUGUGAUGGCUGAUCACUCUGCUAAAUCCAACGGUCGUCCCUUAUCCAAAUCGACCUGAAAAGGAAAACCCAUCUCCCUCAAUGCUCAGCUAUCCUUCUUCAGUCUCUUUCCUUCUCCUGACUCUCCGCCAAAUAUCUUUCAAAAGGUCAAUCCACACCACCCAACCACUCCAAUGGAAAAUCAACCAAGAAUCCAAACUCCCCACUGCUGAAUUGAUCGAUCGCAUCAUUCGGAUUCUGACCCUCCAUCGCUUUGACGCUGUCCGCCGUCUCCCCUUUGAAUUCUCUGACGAAAUCCUCCAUGCCGUCCUUACAAGACUCAAAUCCAAUCCAAACCCAUGUCUUGAAUUCUUCAGACUCGCAUCGACGCAGAAGAAUUUCAGACCCAACUCGAAAUCUUACUGCAAGAUCAUCCACAUUCUGUCCAAAGGCCGAAUGUUCGAGGAAGCCAGAUUCCAUCUAAAAGAAUUGGUCGUGCUUAGUAAUUUCCACAAUUCUCCUAUUUCGUCAGUUUUUGAUGAAUUGGUUUCAGUUUUUAACGAAUUUUCAUUCUCGCCGACUGUUUUCGACAUGCUGUUGAAGGUGUAUGUGGAAAAUGGCAUGUCAAAGAAUGCACUCUACGUGUUUGAUAAUAUGGGGAGGUUUGGAUUUAGGCCUAGUUUGAGAUCUUGUAACAGUCUCUUGAGUAAUUUGGUUAGGAGCCGUGAAGCCCGUGUAGCGAUUCAUGUGUAUGAUCAGAUGAUUCGGGUUGGGAUCAUGCCUGAUGUUUUCACUUUUACAGUGAUGGUGAAUGCUUGCUUUAAGGAUGGGAUGAUGCAUAGAGCAGUUGAGUUUGUUGCAGAUAUGGAAAACAAGGGGUUUGAGCCAAAUGUGGUGACUUAUAAUUCAUUGAUUGAUGGAUAUUGUGAGUUGGGUAAGACAGAAGCUGCAUUGGACAUUUUGCGGUUAAUGGGUGAGAAGGGUAUUUUGCCGAAUGUGGUUAGUUAUACUUCGUUGAUUAAAGCCUAUUGUAAAGAAGGUGAGAUGAAAAAAGCUGAGAAGGUAAUUCAGGACAUUAAGGACGUGGAUUAUUUGGCUGCAGAUGAAGUAGCUUAUGGUGUAUUGGUAAAUGGGUAUUGCCAGAUUGGGAGAAUGGAUGAUGCUAUUAGAAUUCGGGACGGGAUGUUGAGCGAUGGAUUGAAGGUGAAUUUAUACAUCUGCAACGCUUUGAUCAAUGGUUAUUGCAAGCUGGGAAGAAUCAGAGAAGCAGAAAGGCUGAUAAUGGAGAUGGGAGUUUGGGGUUUGAAGCCGGAUUCUUAUAGUUAUAAUACUCUUGUAGAUGGGUAUUGUAGGGAAGGUUGGAUUUGUGAGGCAUUCAAGCUUUGUGAUAUAAUGCUUCAGAAAGGAGUUGAACCGACAAUUUUGACUUAUAAUACACUUUUCAAAGGUUUUUGCCGUGCGGGUGCUAUUGAUGAUGCUUUGCAGCUGUGGUUUUUGAUGCAGAAAAGAGGUGUGGCACCGGAUGAGGUCAGUUGCAGCACUCUGCUUGAUGGGUUUUUCAAGACAGGGAAUUUUGAUCAAGCUUUGAAGUUGUGGAGCAAUAUUUUAGCAAAGGGGUUUGCGAAGAGCAAAAUCACCUUCAAUACGAUGAUCAAUGGGUUAUGUAAGGUGGGGAAAUUGGUUGAAGCAGAGGAGAUCAUUGAUAGAAUGAAAGACUGGGGCUGUUUCCCGGAUAAUAUUACAUAUAGAACCCUGUGUGAUGGGUACUGUAAAGUUGGUGAUGUUGAACAAGCUUUUAAAGUUAGAGAUGAGAUGGAAAGGAAAGGGAUUUCACCUUCCAUUGAAAUGUUUAAUUCUCUUCUUAAUGGGCUUUUUAAAUCGAGGAGAUGCAGUGGAGUAAAGGAUCUUCUGGUUGAGAUGCAGGCAAAGGGACUAAGCCCUAAUAUUGUGACUUAUGGAACUCUCAUUGCUGGUUGGUGCAAAGAAGGGAUGUUGGAUGAGGCUUUUAGUGUCUAUUUUGAAAUGAUUGAGAUGGAUUUUGCUCCGAAUGUAGUUAUAAUCAGCACCCUUGUAAGCAGUCUAUAUAGGCUUGGUAAGAUCGAUGAAGCAAAUAUGUUGUUGCAGAAAAUGGUGGAUUUUGAUGCCUUUCUAGGUCAUGAAUGCUUUAAAGAGCUUGCUAAGUGCGAUGUUAAACAUCUUGAUACAUUGAAGAUUUUAGAAUCCCUUGACGAAAUUGCAAAGAGAUGUCUUGUGCCCAACAACAUCAUAUACAACAUAGCUAUUGGUGGGCUUUGCAAAUCUCACCGUGUAGUAGAUGCAAGAAGACUUUUCUCGGACUUGUUGCAGAAAGGUUUUGUUCCAGAUAAUUUCACAUAUUGUACCCUUAUCCAUGGCAGUUCGGCGGCCGGUAAUGUGAAUGAAGCUUUUGUGCUACGGGAUGAGAUGUUGAAGAGGGGUCUUGUUCCAAAUAUUGCUACUUACAAUGCCCUCAUCAAUGGCUUGUGCAAGUCCGAGAAUUUAGAUAGGGCAGUCAGGCUUUUCCAUAAGCUGCACUUGAAAGGGUUGGCUCCUGAUGUUGUUACAUUUAAUAUAUUGAUUGAUGGAUAUUGCAAGGCUGGUAAUAUUAGUGAAGCUUUCAAGUUAAAAUGCGAAAUGGUAGAAAGAGGGGUUAUUCCUUCUGUUAUCACCUAUUCUGCAUUGAUCAGCGGUCUAUCUAAACAAGGGGACAUGGAAGCCUCGAAGAAGCUUCUGGAUGAAAUGGUUGAGAAGGGCAUUGACCCUAAUUUUGUGACAUUUAGUACAUUGGUCCAAGGUUACAUCAGAUGUGGGGACACACAACAGAUUUCCAAGCUUUAUGACGAGAUGCAUGUCAGGGGUCUCCUUCCAGCCAUUAUGUCUGAUAGAAAAAUGGGCCAAGUGAAACCCAUAGAUGUGAAGGAACACACACGAGACACCUAUAACAUGUCUGAAGCUAUAUGUUGAUGUAAGUGGUGUGAAUUGACAAUGUGAGAGUUCUUGCACAUAUUGCAAUAUGCUCUUUUGAGCACUCUGGGGUGGCAGCAAGGUGUUUUGGUCAGAGGGAGGUGAAAUCCUGUUACUUUCAAUAUGAGCACUUUCAUGUUGAGAUCAGCAAGGAUUGCAGAGAAGGGCCAUGGAAAGAUAUAAACUAGUGAGCUAGUUUGCACAUGCUUUCCUAGGGCGGCACAGACCCAGCCCAGGCCAAGAGAAUCUAAAAUUUGAAUAGUCCUGGCCUGAUAGGCCCAGCUCAACCAGUUCAAAACCCAAACCAAAUCAACCCAAGCUCGUCCUGCUAAAAGCUCCAUGCUUUACUACUUGGAAGAAUGAGAAAAUUUGCACCAAGAGCUUGAAGGAUUCCUAACUAGGUUCAUGUUUACUUUGCAAGUCUCAUGAAGCAAGGUUGAAUCUGCUGCUUUCUUCGGACUUGUAUACAUACUCAGCAUAUUUGUCAAAAGUCCAUCCAUUCAGAGAACGAAUGGAAAGACAAACGCUUUACAGUGAAGGUAUGUAUUACUUUUUCAAAACUGCUCGAGUCAUUCACAAUUUCAGAUGCAUCAAUAAGGGUGCAUUUGGAUGCACUAUCGAAUUGAAUUGCAACAAUUUGCUCCAUAAAGUGAAAAGAUCUAGUUAUGAUUAUGUUAUGAUCUCGAGGGACCUGUCUUCGAAAGAUUGUAAUUACGUUAUUUUCAGGUUGAACUUGAAAGAAAUGUAAGUGGAAUUUGAGGGAUACUUCCUUGUUGUAUGUACUUGGAACCAUCACUAUAAUUUGGUAAUUUCUCUUGAUUGAAAUGAAUGGCUUCAAUUCAAUUCACCUGUUCAUCCAAACACAGCCUAAGAUAGGGUUCAUUUUGAAAUCGUGGUACUGCCUUGUUUGUUGUUGUCGGACCAAGGAUGUUCUCACUACUUGUAAGAACAGACAAAGGGAACUUUCUGUUAUCUACUAAGCUGAGGGUAAAUCUCAAUAAUGUGGAUUGAUGUGUGCAGGCGAAGCAAGGCAUUCUGCUUGAUUCUGAUGACUGGUUCAUUGACUUUUCCAUUCUCCAAAUUGGAGGGCACAAGCAAAUACUAGAGUAUCUUUGGCUCUCUCUACGCAAAUGGCAACCCUUUUCAGGUUGGCUGGUAAAUGUUGUAGUCUUGUGCAAACAUGACACCCUGAUGGACCUCCACUUCAAGUUGGUUGGUAAAUGGUUGUAGUCUUGAGCAGACAUGGCACACUGAUUGGCCUCCACUUCAAGUUGGCUAGUAAUGGUGAGUAUUGAGCAAGUUUGGCACUCUGAUCGGCCUUGUGCAAGUGCUAAGGACAAUUGGUAAUGGUGUAUCAUGAGCAAAUAUGGCAGCCUAACAGACCUUGAUGAGUGUUCAGUAUGGCUAGUUUGGGUGACUCUUGAGCAAACAUGGCACCUUGAUGGACCUUGAGUACGUUGUGUCCAAAAAGCUGAAAUGGGUGCAGAAGCUAUAACAAAGCAGUGGAAGCGCAGUCUGAUAUGGAUUUUUAUUUUUUGGCUCUGUGGGACUCUUAGAAACUUUAAAUAAAGCAUAUUUGUACAUGAGAAUUCAUCAACAAAUCUGGUAAAGAAAGGGGGCUUAAGACACUUUGAUUGAUAUUCAAAAUCUAUGUUACUCCUUAAAGGCAAGUCUUUCCUCCUUUCGUCGCCCCUAUGAAAUUAUAAAAAUAGCCAAACUUCACACUUCAUAGAUUGAUGGCA